AUGGCACCAAAACCGGAUCAACGCGCAGACGAGAUGGAGAAGACAGUAGCUGUGCUGCAACAAGAGCUGGGCGAAAUGAAGCUUGCUAAUACGACCGCUAUGGAGAGGAUUGAGUGCCGGAUCGCGGAGGAAGCCGACGCAAGGCAACGUGAAUUCGAGUCUUUACGGUCGGCGAUCCAACUCGGUCCGUUACCACCGACUUUAUCCAUGGUUGGAAGUUAUGGAAAGGCGAUUGUCCAUACGGCCGAGCGCCAAGAGCCUUCCCACAACCGCGACGACGCGGGGGAACGAAAUCACGGAACAGGAACGUCAUGA